UAGGAAAAGUGGAGAGAAGGAGGGAAAGAGUCAAGUUUCAAAACAAAGGCUCCACAAGGAACUGAACGUCAACCCCUCCCCACUCCCUAGCCCUCACGCCAGCAGCUAGGCUGGGCCUGGAUUUUUCAGGACACAAGCCAUCAGCUAGAAUGAGACAAAUUCUCCUGCUGGUUUGACUAAGUCUUAUGUAAAUACAUAAAUCUGUUUGGCCACCCAAAACGACCUGAUGGAAUUCACCUAAAUAAAGAGGAGAUGGCUCAGUCAAGGAGAAGAAGGCGACAUAUUGUGGAUCAUUUGUAGUUGAAGCACACUUGCCACCUUUUAAAAGUGAUCUCUGCAGCAUUCCAGAGCCACUGAAGUAUUCAUCUUGACCUGGAUAGUCAGUUUCUCUGCUAGCACAGAUUUUUAACAUGAACAAGAUUCUUUCAACCACUCUUUGCUUUGGAUUCCUAACUUUGUUAUCUGUAAUGAUUUUUUUGGAAAUGGUGCAUGGACGGCCAUAUCUUACCCAAGGAAAUGAAUUGUUUCCAGCAAAAGAAGAUACAAAUAGCAAGGAACUAUUGCUGGAUCUACUGAAUACAAAUUUUGAUUUCCAAAGACCUUCCAAUGUUGGAAUAGAACUGGCAAACAAACUGGAAGAACUUAACCAGUUGGAAAACCUAAAAGAGCAGUUCACAGAGGCAAAAGAUGCUGAGAUAUCCUAUGCUAUAGAUGGUCUAUCUUCUUCCCAUCCAAAUAAGCGAGGAAAAAACUUAACCGCGGAAGUGAGAAAUCUGCACAAUGAAAACUCUAAGACUUUGCUGAAAGAAAAUGAAGAAGACACAAAUGGAAAGAAAUCUGUGUUUAUGGAUUGGAAUAAUAAAUAUUGUUAGAAUGGCUAUAUUCUCCAAAGCCACCUUCAGAUUCAUGCAAUCCUCACCAAAAUAAAGAAGGAUACUUCACAGAAAUAGAAGAAAUAAUCCUAAAAUUUAUGUGGCACCACAAAUGACCCCAAACAGCCAAAGAUGUCCUGAGGAUAAAAGAACAAAAUCUGAUUUCAAACUAUACUGCAAAGCCAUAGUAAUAAAAGAAACAGUAUGGUACUGGCACAAAAAUAGAUAUGUAGACUAAUGAAACAGAACAGAAAGCCCAGGAUUAAAUCUUGGCAUAUAGAGUCAACUAAUAUUCAACAAGAGAUCCAAGAACAUCCAAUGGAGGAAGGAUGAUUUCUUCAGCAAAUAAUGCUGGGAAAAUUGGAGAAACACAUGCAGAACAAUUAAAUUGGACCCUAUGCCUCAUACCUCACAAAAAUUCAUUUCGAAUAGAGAAAAGACUUAAACAUAAGCUUGAUAACAUGAAACUCUUUGAAGAAAAUAUAGAGUAGCUUAUCAAUACUGGUCUUGGGAAUGACUUUGGACGUGACACCAAAAUCACAAGCAACAAAAGCAAAAAUUAACAAAUGAGACCACAUCAAACUCAACAGUUUCUGCACAGCAAAAGAAACAACAAAAUGAAAUGUCAGGUUAUACAAUGGAAGAAAAUUUGAGAAAGCAUAUAUUGGAUAAAAGAUUAAUUUCCAAAAAAUAUAAAGAAUACAACUUAAUAACUACAAAAAACCUCUAAAAACACCUAAUUAAAAUGAGAAGAACUAGAUUUUUUUCAAAAAUGAUAUCAACAUAGCUAAAAGCCACAUAAAAGAUGCUCAAGAUUCACUGAUCAGCAGGGAAAUGUAAAUCAGAACCACGAUGAGAUGUCACCUCACACCUGUUAGAAUGACUAUCAUAAAGAAAGUAAGAGACAAUAAGGGAUGGCGAGAAUGUGGUGAAAGGGAACUCUUACACACUAUUGGUGGGAAUGUAAAUUAGUCCAACCACUAUUGAAAACAAUAUGGAAAUUCUUCAAAAAUAAUUAAAAAUAGAUUUACCAUAAGAUCCAGCAAUUCCACUUCCAGGAAUAUAUCUAUAGAUGAGUGGAUAAAAUUGGUGUAUAUCAAUAGAUAAAAAUGGUAUAUAUCAAUAGAUGAAUGGAUAAAAAUGGUGUGUACACACACACACACACACUGGAAUAUUAUUCAAUUAUGAGAAAGGAAAAUAUCAUUUCCAACGACAUGGAUGAAACUUGAGCACAUUAGAAGUUAGACAAAGACAAGUUCUUUAUGAUAUCCCUUUUAUGUGGAAUCUAAAAAAAGUCCACCCAGUGAAAAAAGAGUAAAAUGGUGGUAACCAGAGGGCUGUGGAGGCAAACGGGGUUUGGAUCAGAUUGAUGAUGUUUAAGUAUACAAACUUGUAAUGAGAAGUAAAUAAGUCAUAAAAAUCUAAUGCACAGUGUAAUGAAUAUAGACAAUGAUAUUGUAUGUACUAUAAUGAUGUAAUGUGACCUAUACUACUCCAAUGGCAAUCAUAUUACAGUAUAUAAAUUUGUCAAAGUAACACUGCACACCUUAAAUUUACAAAAUGUAAUGUCAAAUUUAGCAAAUAAAAAAAGAAGAAGAAAAGGUCUCUUUGCUCUCACUUUGGUUUACUUACUUAGUUGCACUCAAUGACUUUAGCUUUUUGGCUUCAUAAGCUGACAUAAGAUGGAAGCAGCACAUUUGAAGAAACUUGGGAAGGGGAGAUGAAAAAUAAAUAAAUAUAUGGCUGUCCAAUGCAUAGCAUCCUGCUAAAAAUAGGGUUACAAGAGUGAACCAGACAGACAUCAACACCAGAAUGAUAGUGAGGGAUUUCCUUCAUGCAGAUGACAAAUGGUAGAUAAGCACUGAAGAGUUUGGCUCUACUGGGGAUAUCAUCCAUGAUACUUCCUUUCAUCCAGGUCCAGAAAAUUUCCCAAACUGUAUUCCCAUUGCAUACUUAAUCGAGCCCCGCAUGAGUAAUUUUUGGAUAUGUGUACAUUUAUAUCUUCCUGACAGAGUUAUUCGAUGAUAUCCAAAGGGCCAGACAGGUCAGUGAUGAUAACUCUGAAACACACUAUAAAAAGAUUGAAUUAGGCCAAGCUCCUCAGUUUAGUGUCUGAAAAUAAACUCUUUUCAUAGGAUUUGAAUGUGGUUUCAUUAAAGGAAGCUGCGGCUCAUGUAGAAAUGAAAAGUAUACUCUGAGGCUGUCAUAACACUGUGUGUGUAGGUGGUGAUGCACUUGAGGGUUACUGGUUUACAGAGUGAAUGGAGAGGGAGGGGAAACCUGGCAAGCAGAGACUUUUAUCAUUUAUUUCAAAGAGUAUUUCAAAGAAUAUCUUUUUAAACUCUUUUUUACUGUGCGUCCCAUUCAUCAAUAGUGAAUCAAAGACCUGUCCUCUGAGGUCUUAAUUUUCUAAACCACUUAGACUGAAGGAAAUCAGAGAAAUUUUUUUUUAAGAUUUAUUUAUU